UCAAGUGUGCUGAGUCGGAGACAUACUCUCACCUUAUCAGGUCGUGCGUGGUGUCCCCCUUCCCACCUGAGGAUCGGUUGUAUAUCAGAUCGUGGGAUGUGAACCUCAGAUUAUGUUUGAAGCCCGCAGUGGUACACUGGAGUUUUGAAUGCUGAUAUGUUGUGACAGAAGUAUCGUGACAAACUCUUCAUCCAAUGGCUCCGGUUCUGAGGAAUGUACUCUGUGUGUUUGACACCAUGAAGUUGUGUUUGCUUCAAACAUGCCGGUGGUAGCCUCACCAACGUAGCCUCAUCUCCAACCAUGGUUGACUAUGCAUACAUAUGUUCAUAUGCAUGACGACGAAGAUGAUGUACCUGGAAAUUUAGUUCUCUUUAAGAACAGAAAAAUGUUGCUGCUGAAAUUGCUACUUUGGGUCACGGCAUUUUCGUGUGUGUUGGGAACUUCAUCUUCAGUUGGGGAUGUUCCUUCUGGUCUGCCCUCUGGAAGUGAGGUCAUUCCACUAGAGGCCAUAGGACACCCGCCUUCGUUGUCACCUUCCACUACUGCAUCUGAUGAAACAUGUUGCCAAGCUCUACCCGGUAUAUGCGAUGCUGACGGUGAUUGCACUUUUGGAUAUACCACCUGUGCUAAGCUGUGCUUGUGUGUAUCAGGACUGCCGUCAUACAUGUGUGAAUACAUGCUGAAACAAAUACGUGAUGAACUCACAUCCUCCACCCAGCCUACAGUCAACUCAUCCUCAUCAGCAGAAACCAGUCCCACCUCCACAUCUACCUCCAUAACAACCGAUGGACAUGUUGAUACAGUUACCAUAUUUCCAUCCUCAUCAGUAGAUUCAGCACCAGGUUCUCCAUCCCCAUCUCCUUCAGAUAUCCUGGGAUUCACCUUCGAAUCGCCCAUCGUAUUACUCCAGUCUCAUGAUUCAAACCUUGUAUCUGCUACCCCAAGUCUUGAUGUAUCGCCAUCCUCUGUAUCUUCAACUCCAGGUACUCCGCCUCAUUUAAUCGCAUCAAAUGAUAUGGUCAUUGAAAAGGAACUUAUAACACCGACCUAUAAAUUGCAGACUGCAUCCACAACGUAUAUGACCACCCUGGAAUCCCCCACAACGAUGGAACCCCCUGCAUCAUCUCUUGGUCAUGGAGACAUAGAUAAUAGAAUAGGGCAAUUGCAUCAAAUUGAACCCAUCAUCAAAUCGAAUCAUUCCCAAACAACAGAUUCCAACAUCAUUGAGGGAGCAGGUCAAGAAAUGCCCACUGAGGACUUAUACUCGGAUUUUGUUCCCCCAACAAUGGACUCUGCCUCACCCUGUGAAAACUGUACGGGCACCUGUCUGUUUGAUUGGAACAGGGUGCCAAUGUUUGAAUGCGAGGAUGGGGAAGACCACAAGUGCAAUGCCUUCUAUUGUGGGGAUCACGGGGAGUGUGUAGAAGAUGCCAAUGAGGUUAAAUGUGAAUGCUUUGCAAACUACACAGGAAUAUUCUGUGAGCAUCGCUGUGAUCGUGACUGUGGAGAAAAAGGAGUGUGUACCUUCCUGAAUGAAACCAUGCACUGUGUGUGUAACUGGAAUUAUACUGGAGGACAGUGCGAUGAAUUAAAAACAACUCCGGCUCCAUUUGUGAAAGUUAACACAAUAGCUGUGAAGUCCGAGCCUUGGACAGUGAUCGGGGUCUGCAUUGGUCUGUUUGUCCUACUGUUCCUGCUGCUGGUCAUCCUACCCUACUGGACAUGGCGGAGACGCUGGCUACCCAUGAGGAAGCUGGUCCACUAUUUCCAGCAGUACGAGGAUGAUGAUGGAAAGGAGUUCGAUGCAUUUGUGUCGUACAAGUCUACGAAGGAGGAUGAGGACUUCGUGGUUCACAAGCUGUACCCCAAGCUGGAGAAGGAGCUGGACUUCAAGCUGUGCAUGCACUUCCGGGAUUUUCUGCCUGGAGAAACCAUUGCCAACAACAUAAUGAAGGCUGUUGAAAGCAGUAGACGUACUAUCAUUAUCCUGUCCCCAGCGUAUGUUGAGAGCGAAUGGUGUAUGCUGGAGUACCAGAAAGCUCAACAUGAGAUGCUGAAGAUGAAGCAUAGGAUUCUUCCAAUCGUGUUUGGGGACAUGUCUAAGAUGAAGCACAUGGAUAAGAAUCUGAAGCAGAUUCUCAACACUGUUACGUACAUUAAUUGGCCCGGGGAAGAAAACUCCAAGAAGUUAGACCGCUUUUGGAAGUUAAUGGUGUGUGGCUUGCCUAAGAAAAGGCAAGAUUCAGAUCAAAGCGAGACUUCCGGCGGAAGUAGUUCUAGUGACCUCCCUCUGACCUCUGUGACCGGAAGUCAUUUUCCAGACACUCUUUCCGAUGACGUUUUUCCCGAGAAGAUCGAUUCAGGCAAGACUUGUAGUGAUGAGUUUAAUGUGGAUAUUAUUGACACGAACGAUACAAAUAACAAGCACCGCGGUAAUGACACUGUGAUUAAUCUUUCAAAUGACAUUACGAAGGAUAGUUUCACCACAAACGGAAUCAACAAACCCUCAAGUGACGAUCAUGUGAUUGAAAUAAGAAAACUGCCUGGACAUAAACUGAAAAUAUUCCGUAAAUUCAAACUGGACUUGAACAUUGGAAGGAAGGCGGUCUCCUAGCGUUUGCUUCAAUAUUCACAGUUCUACUCAGGGGAAUGUUUCCAUUCAAGGACAAAAUGUGAAAAGUGUGACGCGAAACCUGUAUUGAUGCCAUGAUUUUGUGUGACACGAAGCCUUUAUUGAUGCAAUGCUUUUGUGUGACACGAAGCCUGUAUUGAUGCCAUGAUUUUGUGUGACGGGAAGCCUGUAUUGAUGCAAUGAUUUUGUGUGACACGAAGCCUGUAUUCAUGCCAUGAUUUUGUGUGACGCGAAGCCUGUAUUCAUGCCAUGAUUUUGUGUGACGCGAAGCCUGUAUUGAUGCCAUGAUUUUGUGUGACACAAAGCCUGUAUUGAUGCAAUGCUUUUGUGUGACGCGAAGCCUGUAUUGAUGCAAUGAUUUUGUGUGACGCGAAGCCUGUAUUGAUGCAAUGAUUUUGUGUGACUGUGUGACGCGAAGCCUGUAUUGAUGCAAUGAUUUUGUGUGACUCGAAACCUGUAUUGAUGCCAUGGUUUUGUGUGACGCGAAGCCUGUAUUGAUGCGAUAAUUUUGUGUGACGCGAAGCCUGUAUUGAUGCAAUGAUUUUGUGUGACUGUGUGACGCGGAGCCUGUAUUAAUGCAAUGAUUUUGUGUGACGCGAAACCUGUAUUGAUGCAGUGAUUGGCGGGACGCGAAGCCUGUAUUGAUGCAAUGAUUUUGUGGACUGUGUGACGAGAAGCCUGUAUUAUUGCAAUGAUUUUGGUGUGACGCGAAACCUGUAUUGACGCCAUGAUUUUGUGUGACGCGAAGCCUGUAUUGAUGCAAUUAUUUUGUGUGACGCGAAGCCUGUAUUGAUGCAAUGAUUUUGUGUGACUGUGUGACGCGAAGCCUGUAUUAAUGCAAUGAUUUUGUGUGACGCGAAACCUGUAUUGAUGCAGUGAUUUCGUUUGACGCGAAACCUGUAUUGACGCAAUGAUUUUGUGUGACGCGAAACCUGUUUUGACGCAAUGAUUUUACGUGACGCGAAGCCUGUAUUGAUGCAGUGAUUUUGUGCUUUGCCAGAGACGCAUAUCAGGGAACACUUUUGUAAACGUGGAUUAUUUCCUACUGUUACAUAUGCAUAUACUCCAUGACCAUGUGGCAGGUUGUGUCGUCAUAUAGCUGGAAUAUUGUUGAUUUCAGCGUAAAACAACAAACAAUUAAAUAAUGGGAUGUGGUGAUACUACAGCCGUUCGAAGUAGGAGGUAGCGAUAUGUAUUGAGGUGGCUCUUUAUGAAGACCAUAUCCAUUGAGGUUUCACACACGCAGUUAAGUGCGAAUAAGACAUCAAGUUUCCACAACUCGACCCAAUUUUUUUAUAAAUUUAAAGAUCACUAUGAAGACUGUGGAACUUGAGAAUUGAGAAGAAACAACAGUUGACAAAAUAAUUGAUCAUCACAGACACGUGAUGCACAUUCUAGUACAAGCCUUUUCUUUAAUAUGCAUCAAUUCUUUCAAAAUGUUCCAUCGUUCAUGAGUUAAAGUUUUGUAUGGUAACGCCGGCAACUGUAUCGCAAUGGGGAAUGGAAGACACCUAACAAGCAAAGCAAAACAAAGGGCUUUAACCUAGGGAUUAAACCAUUUGACUGCAGUGUGGCGAAGGUGACGAAACAUGCUACCAAACCACAAUUUCGAACGGCCAUUAUGUAUUGUUUAGUGUAGCGUACAGACAAGGGCGGGAGUGGAGUUGUAAAUACGUCACAUGUAAAUAGUUCUUGUGUAUUAAGUGAGUUGAGUCGUAUCGACAGCUACGUAUUGUUUUUAUUUUUACAUAAUUUACAGAAUGUACAGUACUGUUCAAAACAAAGUCUCCUCGAUAGCGAGACAGGCGUGCUCUGAGGUAGGAUUGUUUGUAAACUAAAAGACAAAAUAAGCUUCCAAACGAUCUCAGCCUUCAAAUCCAACGUCCCCCCGGUUGCAUUCGAGGAGAGGUUUGUUUCGACUGGUACUGUAGUAUUGAUCUCAGGGUGAAAACACGCUGUUGAGAAUGCCAAUAUUAACCAUAUGAACAGAUAAUAUAUCUUGGUAAACUUUGUAUAUAUUAUCAAAUAAAUGUCAUAAUUUGUUGUAUUUAAAAAAGAUGUAGAGUUUACUUUUUAUUAUAUAAUCUACCUCUGUAUAUCCGUCAGUGAAAGAAGUGGUUAUCCGCCCCACUGUUUAUUUCACGUUAAGGUGAUGUUAGCUGCGGUAUUCAUUUCCAAUCACCGUAUUCUUGAAUAAGAUCAACCAAAUAAAUAAAAGCGACAAACCCCUUUCAAUAAUAAAAAGGACCCGUGAAAAUUCCGGGGUAGAAUAGGUCUUAAGCAACCCAUACUUGCCGUAAAAGGCGACUAUGCUUGUCGUAA